AUGGGAGCCGAUGCGCUGACGCAAGUUCUUUCAAAGCGGAAGGCGAAGACACACCGUGGCAAGAAGAUCUUGAGGGAGCGUGAGCCCAAGGUCUUGGAAGAUGCCAAAACAGCCUUGGUCAUCCGCGGCACAAAGACCUCAAACGACAUGACCAACUUUCUUCGCGAGCUGUACCUUCUGCGGUCACCGCUCUCCAUGCUCUACAUGCGGAAACAUGAAGAGCAUCCUUUCGAGGACAGUCACAAGCUCGAACAACUGUGCAAGAAGUUCGACCACUCGCUAUUUGCCUUCGGAUCCUCCUCCAAGAAGAGGCCUGCGCGGCUCAUCCUUGGGAGGCUCUUCGACGGCCACCUGCUCGAUAUGCAGGAGUUCGGUGUGGAGGACUACAAAUCCAUGUCGACUUUUCGCGGGAGCGGAGCCACCGACGCCAUGACCGGUGUGAAGCCGCUCGUGGUAUUCCAGGGCGCUGGCUUUGAGAAUGACGAGCACCUCAAGAGGGCCAAGAGCUUGCUCCUGGACUACUUCGGCGGCGGACGGCCGGACAAGGUCUUGCUGCCGGGCAUGGAGAGUGCGAUUGUCUUCACCGUCCUGGACCCGCCGGCUGGCCAGCCUAGCAACAAGGCCAAGGUCUUGUUCAGAAGAUACAGGCUCCUCAUGCAGAAGUCUGGUGGCAGGCUGCCUCGAAUUGAGAUGAAGGAGCUCGGCCCUUCCUUCCAGCUCACCCUCGACCGAACGAGGGAGCCGGACAAAGAUCGGUGGAAGCAGGCCAUCAAGGUCCCCAAAGCCGCAAAGCCCAAGAAGGUCAAGAAUGUGAAGACGACCGAAAUGGGCAAGAGGAUAGGCAAGUUCCACUUAGGCAAGCAGGACUUCAAUCAGAUCCAUACCAUCCAUCACGGCGCCUCAAAGAAGCGGAAGCUGACACAAGCGCUGAAACAGGGAGCCGCGAAUGCGCCCAAAGGCGACACGCCCGCGGACGCCAAAGCAGCGUGA